GAAAUCGUCAGGUGUGGGACUACACUUUCGUUUAUUUCAAGCUUCCAUCACGCUCUUCACACACACAUUUAAAUCUGGUUCUUUUUUUUUUUCUUUUCUCGUUGCCGUGAUCUUGAAGAUUUUUCAAUCUUUCUGUCUCUCUCAAAGGUUGGUACAGUUUGGUGUGGAGCCAAUUAUUAAUGCAUGCUUUUCAUGUCUGUUGUUUGUCUGAAUUUUGCUGUCGAGCAUUAAAGUUUUUCGGUUAUAUAAGCACAAAGCUCAAGUUUUGCCGAUUGCUGCAUUUUGUUAAUACAACUACAUUCUUGAGAAUUGUAUCAGGAAGUAGAGAAGUGAAACAAAUGGCCAAGGAAGUUUCAAACGGAGAGAACCAUGUGACCACAAAACCACCCCCGGAGCCCUCGCCUCUGAGAAAUGCCAAAUUUUUUCAGGCAAAUAUGAGAAUUUUGGUAACUGGUGGCGCUGGAUUCAUAGGCUCUCACCUGGUUGACAGAUUAAUGCAGAAUGAGAAAAACGAGGUGAUUGUCGUGGAUAACUACUUUACUGGGUCAAAAGACAACUUAAAGCAAUGGAUUGGACAUCCAAGAUUUGAGCUUAUUCGUCAUGAUGUAACAGAACCAUUGUUAGUUGAGGUUGAUCAAAUAUACCAUCUUGCUUGUCCUGCAUCCCCUAUCUUUUACAAGUACAAUCCUGUGAAGACGAUCAAGACUAAUGUGAUUGGGACGCUUAACAUGCUGGGACUUGCUAAGCGUGUUGGGGCAAGGAUUUUGCUGACAUCAACUUCUGAGGUUUAUGGAGAUCCUCUAGUGCAUCCUCAAACUGAGAGCUACUGGGGAAAUGUUAACCCAAUUGGAGUUAGGAGCUGUUAUGACGAGGGGAAAAGGGUUGCUGAGACUUUAAUGUUUGAUUACCAUAGACAGCAUGGAAUUGAGAUACGGAUUGCUAGGAUCUUCAAUACUUAUGGACCUCGUAUGAAUAUUGAUGAUGGUAGGGUGGUCAGCAAUUUCAUAGCUCAAGCAAUUCGCGAUGAACCGUUGACAGUCCAGUUGCCUGGUACACAAACGCGAAGUUUUUGUUACGUCUCUGACAUGGUUGAUGGUCUGAUUCGUCUUAUGGAGGGAGAGCACACUGGUCCUGUUAACAUUGGCAAUCCAGGUGAAUUUACUAUGAUCGAACUUGCGGAGACUGUGAAGGAGCUUAUCAAUCCCGAAGUGGAGAUCAUCACUGUUGAAAACACCCCUGAUGAUCCUCGUCAGCGAAAACCAGACAUCACAAAAGCCAAGGAGUUGUUAGGCUGGGAGCCAAAGGUCAAAUUACGAGAAGGCCUUCCCCUCAUGGAGGAUGAUUUCCGAAAGAGGCUUGAGAUCUCCCGGAAGAAUUGAACUAAAACUUGUUCAAAUACUUGAUACGUCCAUGUCAUACUGGAAAUUUCCUACUCUCUCCCCAUAUUAUUCCUCCUCAUCCCUUUUCGCGCUUUAAGCUGUAGAGAAUGAGCUACAUUCAAAAUUUGCGUCAUAAUAUAUAAAUUAGUGAAAAUGUGAGUGGUCAGACUGGCCUCCUUAUGUUUGAGACUCAA